AUGUUAUUGGGGAAGGAUAAAUAUUCUUUGAUGUUGAAGUCCUCAAAAUUCAGCAAAGAUAUAUUUCGUGAGAAGUUAGUAAGAGCAAUUGUCAUGCACAACUUACCAUUAUCAUUUGUGGACUAUAGUGGUAUUAAAGAAUUGUUUGAAUAUGUGUCGGAAGAUUUGAAUUUAAUAUGUCGAAACACUGUGAGAUCUGAUAUUGUGAAUAUGCACAAGAAAGAAACGAACAAGUUAAAAUCAUUUCUAAAGGAAGCACCAGGUCGUAUUUGCUUAACUUCUGAUUUGUGGAUUUCUAUUACUAUUGAUGGGUACAUUAGCCUUACAGCUCAUUUCAUUGAUGAAAAUUGGAUUUUGCAGAAAAGAUUGUUGAAUUUUUCUGAUAUGCCACCUCCCCACAAUGGAAUUUCAUUGAGUGAAAAAGUUUACUCUAUGCUUGCGGAUUGGGGAAUAGAAGGUAAGUUGUUUUCCAUAACAUUAGACAAUGCUUCCGUGAAUGACACUUUUGUUAAUAUCUUGAAGUUGCAAUUGAAUGUUAGGAAAGCACUUAUUAAAGAUGGUCAAUUUUUUCAUAUAAUAUGUUGUGCUCACAUUCUAAAUUUGAUAGUUCAAGAUGGGUUGAAAGAGAUUGAUGGUUGUGUUUCUAAAGUAAGAGAAAGUGUGAAGUAUGUCAAAGCAUCUCAAGCUCGCAAACGACAAUUUGUGGAUUGUGUGAAGUUAGUUAGUUUGGAUCCAAAACGGGGGUUAAGACAAGAUGUUCCAACAAGUAAUUCUGCAAUGAGAAACAAUAAUGGCUCAACUUUGAAUAAUGUGAAUGAGUCUAACGAAAGCUUGGAUGAAAUUGGUAGCGGUAUAAAUGUCAAUGAAGCUUGGAAGGAGUUCGACUCGUUUGAUUACGAGUAUGUUGUUUCAACUAAAAAGUCCGAACUUGACUUAUAUUUGGAGGAGCCCCGGAUGCCAAGAACAACAUAG